AUGGCCAACAUUCGGACGCUGUCAGAUUAUGCGUCGGCGCCUGCACGGGACUCUUCUGCACAUGAAGCUGGAGGAAGACAGGGAGGAAGUUCGUUGCCACUCUUCUUCUCCUCUGGAACGGAAUCUGGUGAAAACGUGAACUGGAUUCAAUGGCUAUGCCCGGGAAUACACCUAAAGAGCCCAAUCGUCAUCAUCUCUCUCGUCCAAGUUGCAGUCUACAUCGCUUCUCUUGCCUUAGGGCUGGCGCCCAAUGAAGUCCUGGCUCCAACUCCACAAACGCUGGCGAUGUUUGGCGCGAACAUUCCCGAGCUCAUUCGCAUUGGCCAGGUGUGGAGGCUCAUUUGUCCUCUCUUUCUUCAUCUGAACCUCUUUCACAUCUUGAUGAAUCUCUGGGUGCAAAGCCGGGUCGGGCUGACGAUGGAGGAAAAGUAUGGAUCGAAGAAAUUGCUUGCGACUUACUUUGGAGUCGGAAUUCUCGCCAACAUGAUCUCCGCAGCGGUCCUGUUUUGCGGCCAGAUGAAAGCAGGAGCAUCGACCGCCGUCUUUGCCCUCAUUGGCGUACAGCUCGCCGAGCUCGCGCUUAUCUGGCAUGCACUCCAAGAUCGGAACAGCGCCAUCCUUAGCGUUUGCAUCUGCCUGUUCUUCGUCUUCGUCUCCUCCUUUGGAGGCCACACGGACGGAAUUGGCCAUCUCGGCGGGCUGGUGAUGGGGUUUGCCGCGGGAAUCUGGUUGAACGAAAACAGCGAUGUCAAGCCGACGUGGUACGACAGGGGUCUGGUCACAUCGAAGGUCGCGCUGGCUAUUGCGCCGAUUGUGAGCUCGAUCUUCAUCUUCCUCGUUCCCCGCUGCUAA